GUCCCGCUCUAGAUCCCGCUCGAGGUCCCGAGGGAGAAGGUAUUCCCGGUCACGCAGCCGCAGCCGUGGUAGGAGGUCCAGGUCAGCUUCCUACCGCCGGUCCCGGUCGAUGUCUCCUCGCAGAUACAGAUCCUUCUCCCCCCGCAGGUCCCGCUCUGGUUCUCUAAGAAGGUCAAGAUCUAGGUCCAGGUCACGCUCCAGGUCCCGGUCUGUUGUAUGGCCUCGAAGCAGGUCUGAGUCUCAUGGUAGAUCUAAAUCUGGCUUACCUGCUAAAAGCCGCUCAAAGUCCAGAUCACCAUCUCCAAAGAGAAGUCACUCACCAUCAGGAAGCCCUUGAAGGAAUGGAAGCCCUAAAAGAAUGGGUUCAAAUUUAAGAAGUUUAGUAAAAAAGUUAUUUUGUUUACAUUAUAAGGGAUUUUGUGAUGUAAGGGCUUAGUCCUAGAAGGCUGUUUCUAUUGACUAGCAAUUGGCAUGAACCUCUAUCUUCUAAAAGUCUUGUUAGCAGACUAAUACAAAACUCUUCUGUUGUGUUUGUGUUCUGUGAUCUGAAAAUGUUGGGCUUUUUUAUUUUAUUAUUGGUGCAUUGAAAUAAACUGCAUUUCUAACUAAGA